AAAUCAAAAUGGCGGAUGACAUACAAAAAGAAGGUUCUGAUCACAGUCGUUGUGAUUACCUGCUCUCCGUGAAAGUGUAACAACAUUCUGUGUUGAAAAUUGUUUCAAUCACUGCGAAUUCGAUACAGCAAUGGUUAGCCUCGGUACAAAUAGCAGCAGACAGGGGGGUUAUUUCUUUGAUGUUGAUUCUUCACUGACCCCACCAGCAGAUGACCAAGAGCAGUUAGUAGAUCAUCAUCUCCAUACUGAACUUGAAACUAAAUUUCGACCGAUGCCAACAGUAUGUAUAUCAGUAUGCCAAGCGGGAAUAUUUAUUUUAUUUACACUGUUAAGUUAUAUACUGCCAUAUGGAAUUGAACCCCACAUAACAAAGGAUAAUUCAUCAUCCUCAAUGCUUACGUCUGUCAGUUCCAGUAUCUGUGGAGGCCCCUCCCACCAUUACAUGUGUUCGUUUUCACUACUCGUAUAUAUUCAUGCUGCUCUGUGGUUGGUAAUCGCCCUUAUCGAAAGAUAUCUCCGGUAUCAUCAUUACAUGUCGAGAAGAAAUGGAUAUUUGGAGUUCUAUCGACAAACGAAAAAUAUUCGAAGAAUUCCAUUUGUUGUUGUAUCAGUAGGUAAUACAUUGAUUUUGUUGUUGGUGAUGCUGGUAUUUGAUUUAAGACUAGAGGACACUGAUGGACCAUUGUAUCCAGUUCAUUAUCUUGAGAUUCUGAUUACUAUGGAAGCAUUAUUUGCACUACCGUGUAUAGUUGUAUAUAUAUUGAAAACCAUGAAAUUCAACAGCGUUAAGGCAUUAGCUGAUGUGGAGCAAGACGACCUCAUGUCAGGUUUUCUACAAUCACAGAUGCAGUCUACUGACAUUGGUUUCAAGGAUGGGGAUCACCUUGACGACAUAUUAGAAAAGCAGGCUGACAUGAUAAGAUACCUACAACAACAUAAUGCUCACCUGGGAAGGAGAAUUAUGUCAUUAACAUCAAACCAACAAAAUACCACUUAAUACUGUAUUCCCAACAUGUAAUGUGCUAAGUUUGAAUCCAUUGAUGAAACCGUGGACCUUGCCACUUGAAACAUGCUGCCGACUUACUGAACAAUGUAUAACAGAAAUUUGUACAGGCACAUUCUGUCAACCAAGUAUAUAUUGAUUGGGCAGACUUGUAUACUGUUAUAUAAGAAAAGUGAAGAUAAGGCAUCUGAUUCGGCCAUGCGGUGAUUACUUUCAAACUGACUAGAGCAACAUGGCGUCUAUUACUGGAAUUUCUGAUCUGAGUACCUUCAUUGUUACUGCAAAUUUUGAUACAUUUUUUUUGUGUAAAGUUUUCCACAUAAUGAUUCUCCACGUAGUUGAAAAAGACAUCUUUGAUUUCUGUAAAUAUUAAGCAUGUAAUACUGUUGACUGGACACUAUGAUCCUCCAAUAACUGUAAAAUACUUUAUUUUAGCUGUAAUUUUCACUAGAAAAUUUUGA